GGAGGGCGGCGGCGGUGCUGGCAGCAGCGGCAGCAGCCCCAGUGGCGGCGCGCGAGGAGCCGGGCUCCGGGGAACGGGAUCCAGGGAGGAGCGCGCUCGGGAGCGGGCGGCGAGGGCAGCCCCAGUGCCCGGCUCUGGGGCGGAGAGCAGCCAAGGGAGGCGGCGGCUGCAGCGGCGGCGACGCAGAGCUCGGAGCGCGAAUCCGUCACCGUUUUUCCUCAGCCUUGAGGAUCCUGGAGGUGGGAAGAGAGAAGCUUGGAGUCCAGAGGUGCAGGGAUCCCCAGGAAGUUGAUGAUCCUCCGUGUAUCAGCAGUGGCAGAGAGAUGGCCACUCCUGUUCUGUGGGCCUGCUUCGUGGUUCUUGCCGCAGGGGUCGUGGCGUAUGCCCAGAGACACAGCCAGCAAGAUACUCAUGUGCUGUACGAACGCCUGGGUUCAGACGUGACCCUUCCCUGUGGGACAGCAGCCUGGGACACAGCAGUCACCUGGAGGGUCAACGGGACAGACCUGGAGGCUGCUCACUUGAAUGGCUCCCAGUUGGUCCUUGAAGGCCUGGACCUUAGCCACAGUGGUCACUACGCCUGCUACCAGGGUUCUUCCUGGCACCUGCGCUAUCAGGCCCUGCUACAUGUCGGCAUGCCUCCUCGAGAGCCUGUUCUCACCUGCCGCUCCAACAACUACCCCAAGGGAUUCUACUGCAGCUGGCACUUGCCCGCACCCACGUUUAUACCCAACACCUUCAACGUGACAGUUCUACACGGCUCCAAACUGUUAGGCUGUGAGAAGGACCCGGCCCCCAAGAACCGGUGUCACAUCCGAUACACACAACUCUUCUCCACGGUCAAAUAUAAAGUCACGCUGACGGUCACCAACGCCCUGGGCCACAACUCCACAGCCAUCAUCUUCGAUGAGUUCACUAUAGUGAAACCAGAUCCUCCAGAGAACGUUGUGGCCCGGCCUGUACCGAGCAGCCCUCGACGACUAGAGGUGACCUGGCAGACGCCCUCUUCCUGGCCCGAUCCAGAAUCAUUCCCUCUCAAGUUCUUCCUCCGAUACCGGCCGCUGAUCCUUGACCAGUGGCAACAUGUUGAGCUGUCGGAUGGUACCACGCACACCAUCACUGAUGCAUAUGCUGGGAAGGAGUACAUCAUUCAGGUAGCUGCUAAGGACAAUGAGAUUGGGACGUGGAGUGACUGGAGUGUGGCCGCCCACGCCACACCUUGGACUGAGGAGCCCAGAUACCUCACUACGGAGGCUCAGGCUCCAGAGACCACCACCACCACCACCACAUCCUUCGUCCCCCCUCCCACCACGAAGAUCUGUGAUCCUGGAGAGGUUGGGGAUGGUGUGGGAUCCUCAACCGGUCUCCUGCUGACUGUGACCGUGACCGUGACUGUGACAUUGACCACCAUAGCAGCCACUGGCCUCUUUAUUUAAGUCCCUCUGCAUUCCUGUGGAAGAAAAUGUUGAAAACGGAAAUGAACAACAACAACAAAAGGCUCACAAAAAAAAAUCUCACACACACACACACACACACACACACACACACACACACACCCCAAAACAAAAA